CUUCAUGGAAAACGAUGCCGUUGCCCCAUCCGGCCAUCGUUCCGAACAUGCUGGUACCAUGGCCGCAGAGUCAUCCCUCUUUGGCAUCGACAGCUGCACAAUUAAGCAUCACCUUGACAUGAUAUGGUUGACUCUAAUCUGCUCCGAGCGUGAUCCCCUGAGCCAAGAACUCGAACCAGGCACGGUCUCAACAGGAUUGGCUAGAUCGAGGCCAGGGGUCAGACAUGCCAACGUCUGAUUGGAAACGGUUACAUUACUCGACCCGCCCGUCACAGGAGGGCAUCCACACAAGAACAGGGUCUCUCAGUUCCAUGCAGGUACCGUGAGGCCAUGGCUCAGCAUGGGGCCUGACCACGAGCCCACUCAGACGAGGCCUCGCCUACGGCUCAAUCUCCUUGCUGUGGGUGACUGCGCUGGUGUCCGCGCUUCUGCCCAUGGCUCAUUUCCUGGGGAUCCAUAUCCAUCUCGUGGACCUGUCGAUCUCUUAAUACUCAUGUCCUUGCUUCCUUGCCUGUCACUCAUUCUUUUGUUUCCUUGCUUUGUUAAAACGUUUCUGUCGCUAGUCCGCGAGUUCAUCGACUUUCCUCGUCAGCUGCAUCACUCGUUCUGUUGCUCGACGACAAUUACACUCUUUUUUACCAAACGCCCGUCAGGAUAUAUGUCUCGUUUGUGACAAUAGUUGAAGGACUGGAGGUAUUCGCGCAACAAAAUAAGAACAACCGUUCUGGAAUUUACCGAAACGAAAUCGACUCGUAUUCAUCGACGACAAUCUCAAUGAGACUCAUCAACCUUUCGGCUGCCCUUCUGGGCGCCUUGUCUGCGCCAUCAAUGGUCGCUAGCAAGCAACACGGUCACCGUCACAAUGGUUUUGAGCACUUGCGACAACAUCUUCCCGUUCAGUCUUCGACUCUUGAGAAGCGUGGUGGACAAUGCCAGUUCCCUACCGAUGACCCCAACAUGGUCGCCGUCACUCCCGAUGCGAAGAACGCCGGUUGGGCUAUGAGCCCCGAUCAGGAGUGCAAGCCUGGUUCUUACUGCCCUUUUGCCUGCAAGCCCGGUAUGGUUAUGAACCAAUGGGAUCCGGAUUCCACUUAUGAGUAUCCCGCUUCAAUGAACGGAGGUCUCUUCUGUAACAAGAAUGGUGAAAUUGAGAAGCCUUUCGAGGGCAAGCCCAACUGUGUUUCUGGCACUGGUUCCAUUGAGGCUGUUAACAAGUGUGGUUCCAAGAUGUCUUGGUGCCAGACUGUCCUGCCUGGUAACGAAGCUAUGCUUAUCCCUACUCUUGUCACUUCUAGCGCCACUCUGGCUGUUCCCGGAUCUUCGUACUGGUGCUCCACCGCUGCUCACUUCUACAUCAACCCCCCUGGCACUGGUGAGGAGGGCUGCAUCUGGGGUACCGAGUCGGAGCCCAUUGGUAACUGGAGCCCCUACGUUGCCGGUGCUAACACUGAGUCCAACGGUCAGACUUUUGUCAAGAUUGGUUGGAACCCUAUCUGGGAGGACUCGGCUCUGAAGAGCAAGCUGCCCGACUUCGGUGUUGAGAUCCAGUGUCCCGACGGCGGUUGCAAUGGUCUUCCUUGCAGGAUCGACCCUGCUAAGGGUGAGGGCAAUGUUGGCAGCAGCCUUUCCGCUAAGGGUGCUGGUGGCGCUGCCUUCUGUGUCGUUACCGUUCAGAAGGGUAGCACUGCUCAGAUCGUUGCCUUCUCCUCUGGCGAAGGUUCAUCCGGCGGUGAUGACGAUGACGAUGAAGAGACCGAGUCUUCUACCGCUGAGGCUGAGCCCUCUACCACAGCCGAGGCCAAGGUCACCACUUCUGAGGAACCUGUUGUCUCUACCACCAAGGAGCCUUCGACUACCGCUGAGCCCACCACUUCGGCACUCCCUACCACCACUUCCUCAACCUCCACCACCACUACUAGUGUUGAGACUACCUCUUCUGCUGAGACUAGCAGCACCACCGAGCAAGAGACUUCCUCCGAUACCACCACGGAGGAGCCUACCUCAACCAUCUUCACUUCUGCUACUUCCAAGACCACCAAGCACAAGUCCACCAAGAAGGUCUACCCUACUGUCAAGCCUGGUAUCUUCCGUGAGAACGGAACCUCAACCUACACCUCCGAGUCCGAGGAGACCGCUGUCGCCACUGAGGUCGACUCUGGAGCAGCUCCCACUCAGUCCAAGGAAAACGAGGCAGGUCGCCACCAAGGCAACACUGCUGUCGCUGGCCUUGUCGUCGCAUUCAUCGCCGCCGCUUGUUUCUUCUAAUUUCUAUAUCCUUUGACGACCAUUUACCACUGUCUUGACGCAGCUGGCAUUCUAUUCACAGAAACUAUUUUCUACGACAUUCCUUUAUUACUGGUACUUUACAUAUAUUAUCAAAGCCAACUACCUAUCGGCGAUAGUGUCUAUUGUCUUAUUACUAGACUACUCAGCAGUCUUCUGGCUGUUGGAAAGCCUAGUUGCUAAUACCCGCCCCGGGUAUAAUAUUCUUCAAGAGUCCCUUGUCUGGGCUCUUGUGGGCCCGUGGGCAUUAUAUACAAGUUUCAACGCUUCAUUUCACGGUCGAUAUACCCUUUUUUGCACACAUUGGAGACUUUUUUGGAUGUUUGGGGAAAACAAGCGAUGGUUUUAAGUUUAUUCUCGCGAUUAACGACGUAUGCACACAUGAAUCAGAGAGUUUAGGGGGGAAACUUCUUGUACGGUUGUUGAAAAAAGCAGGAGAUGGUGUGGUUUAGUCGAUGGGAUGAUGCUCGGCCAUCUCGGCUUAUUAUUAUAAAAACACUUUUUUGAUUAGACAUAUUUAAUGGGUGUGAUGAACGUUGUCGCACGCAGCUAUUGGAAAAGAAAUAUGUGUCUGGUCGUUUUGAUUGCCACAAGUACAUCCUCAUAUUAUAGCCAUACUCUAAUCUUAUUAUCCCCUGGGUAUCAUACAGGAAAUGAUAUUAUACAAACGCCAUCAAGAUGAGUUAUGAUCUAAGUAUCCAAGCUAGGUGAUCUAGCUCAACUGUCCAUCUCCCCUUUCUUUUUACUCCUUGACCCAUCCAGGUACCUCAUCAGGAUCGUAGUCUUCAUAUCUCCUUUCUCGAUUUAUUUGCCAGACGUUGGGCCAGCCAGCAAGCACAGGGCUGCCCUUGGCCUUCGCACCGAUGAUUGCAAAUCGUCCUUGCCCAUGAGCGAUAAACCCAUGCAUCAAACCCUGUUGAACAAGCGUUGCGACCGUCAUCUCCACGUCCUCGAAUGUGACCUCUGCGUUACCCCAGAUCAUACCCUCAUUUGGCCGGAGAGAUUUGGGCCCUCCGGGUGGCGGAGCUAGUGUGGACGUGGCUUCGAGAUUUUGAGCAUUGUUCUCGAGGGCUUUCAUAAGGAGAGGGUUGACGCUUUGAGAACGACCAAGUGAGUUUGGUCCUGCUGGGAGCCAACCUUCAAGGCGGUGUUGAAGGUAUACCCCGAGCGUAUGAAGGUCUGCAAGGUCAAGUGUGGCGGCUUUUCGGGAUGAUGCAUCGGUUGGCGGGACGUAUGUAAGGAGGAAAGUCUUUCUGCUUAGUGAGCGCCAGAGCAGAGGUCGUAGUCGGUUACCGAGGGUUAAAAGCAAGCCCUUCUCGAAGAGCCAUGUUUCGUGUUGCGCAAGGUGGUGUUGAAAUUGGAUGAAGUUGCCAGAUCUGAUAGCCUGGCAAAUGGGGAAGAGAACAGGCGCUAGAGUCUGACAUUCUGGGCGUUGAAGCAAUACUUGUGAUGGAAAACGUCCAAGAAGGAUAUUGCAGGGAAUAAGAUAUGUGAGGAUGUUUGUCCGAUGAGAGACCAGCUGCGAAGGGGUCUGAAGGUAUGCUUCUUCAAGGCACAGCGCAGCCCGGAGAUAGUGGUUGUUUGAGAAGUUGAAGCGGCCUAGGUAGUAGAGAAAUGUGACGCGCUGAGCAGCUGGGUAGAGAGAUAGUGGCGGAGAGAUGGUGGAAAUAUUGACAAAGAUC